AGGCGGGCGCAACCGCACUGGAGGGGAAGUCAAGUCGUGCCAGACUGGCGCGAUAUCCUCGCACGGUUCGCAACUCAAAGAGGAGCCGACGCGCAGUUUCAUCAUGCUUUUAAAUGAUGGGAGAUGCUGAUUUUAAAAGUUGACCCGGGAUUUCUAGUUGUGAGGUGUUUGCGAGGGAUGGCUUUCCUUUUAACUUGCUUAUGUCUGUCUUGUUACAGUGUAAGCGGCGUUUGGGGAAAUCAGAACGGCGAUACCGGCAUCUAUUUGGACAACAUCACGCGCAUAUUGGAUAGAUUACUGGAUGGCUAUGACAACAGGCUGCGACCUGGAUUUGGAGGUCCAGUUACAGAGGUCAAAACUGACAUCUUUGUCACCAGCUUUGGACCAGUUUCAGAUGUUGAGAUGGAAUACACGAUGGACGUCUUCUUUCGCCAGACCUGGAUCGACGACAGGCUGAAAUUCGAGGGCCCUAUUGAGAUCCUGCGGCUCAACAACCUGAUGGUCAGCAAGAUCUGGACGCCGGACACCUUUUUCCGGAAUGGCAAGAGGUCGAUCUCUCACAACAUGACCACCCCCAACAAGCUGUUCCGCAUCAUGCAGAACGGAACUAUCCUCUACACCAUGAGAUUAACCAUAAAUGCGGAGUGUCCCAUGCGACUGAUGAACUUCCCCAUGGACGGCCAUGCCUGUCCGCUCAAGUUCGGGAGUUAUGCUUACCCCAUGAGCGAAAUAGUGUACACAUGGAAGAAAGGCCCCCAGUCCUCAGUGGAGGUGCCACAGGAAUCGUCCAGCCUGUUGCAGUACCACCUCAUUGGUCUGACGGUGUCCAGCGAGAGACUCAAGUCCAACACAGGUGAAUACGUCAUCAUGACGGUCCACUUCCACCUGCAAAGGAAAAUGGGCUUCUUCCUGAUUCAGACGUAUAUUCCUUGCAUCAUGACCGUCAUUCUGGCCCAAGUCUCUUUCUGGAUUAAUAAAGAAUCCGUUCCAGCGAGGACGGUGUUUGGUAUCACCACUGUCCUGACCAUGACCACGCUCAGCAUCAGCGCCCGCCACUCCCUCCCCAAGGUUUCCUACGCCACGGCCAUGGACUGGUUCAUCGCCGUCUGCUUUGCCUUCGUUUUCUCCGCCCUGAUCGAGUUCGCGGCCGUCAACUACUUCUCCACCCUGCAGGCCAACCGGGAGCUGAAGAAAGCGGCCGCCUUGAAGGCGGCGCAGGAGGCGGUGGCGGCUGCGCAGCCGGCGGCGGCGGCGGCGCCCGCGGGGAUCGACGGGGACGUUUCCUCGGAGGCCAGCAGCGUGCUGAAGAAGAGGAUGAACUCCGCCUCGCUGUUCGACCGCCCUGCCAAAACGUUUCCCAACCCACCUGUCAACGCGCAAGCCUUCCUGCAGCAGGGUUCGGCCGUGCCGGACAACAACGUCCUGACGGGCACCAGCAUCAUCGACAAAUACUCCCGCAUCCUUUUCCCGCUCUCGUUUGGCGCCUUCAACCUGGUUUACUGGAUCGUCUAUCUCACCAAGGACACCAUGGAGAUGUCCAGGGAUCCCGUGUAAGCCGAUGGCUCGUCUUCCUGGACACACUCCGUACACAUAUACAGACACACAACCGAUAGGUGACAGACACUGUUUUAAGCCGCCUGGGUGCAUUGUAUUUCUUUUUAAGAACUCCCUUGGAAAGCGAGUGUUUUAAGAGCAGAUGUACCAACUUUAACCUGGGAGCUUCAGAGCCUGUGGGCACCGGGCUCUGGAAUCAUCUCAAACAGGUAGUGCAGCAUCUCUCUGUGUGUCCCUCAGUUCUUUUAUUUAUUCCCCUCCCCCAUUUUUUUGGAUGGGGCAAGAUGCAGUGGCUAAGCAAGCUGGGCUGCAGAACCAGAGGCACUACUUAUUUUUGUUUGUAUAGCUGUAAGCCCGCAACACGCAUGCAGUUCCACACGUAGUGAUUUUGCAUGUUGUUUUUAAAAAUACGCGUCUUUCUAUGAUGCUUAGAACACAUUGAUGGGAAUGACCCAACCCGCUGAAUGCAAUGAACCCCCCCAGCUCUUCUUUUUUACUCUUUUUUUUCUUUCCCUACAACCACUCAUUUUGAAUACAUUGGCUUAAUUUCCCUCCACUGGUGGAGGACAGGUGGCGUCAGAGGAAAUCUUCAAAGGGGGUUUUCAUGGACACAUGGGUCUGGUUAUUAACUGUCACGUGCAUGUGUUGAUGGAGAAAUGUGCAUGUAUAAAAUCAAACUGAAAAUAGCUCCUUGGUUUCCAUUAAAUAGAAACGCAGUGACAGACGAGCAUCAUGAAAAUACAAAGCUCAAAUCUGUGAUCGAUCUAGAAUUAGAAAGACACGGUACCACGGAACAAGUGAGGAAUACACGCAAAACUUUUUCAUUUCAUGUAAGAGAGUCAUUUUUACAGCAACUGAAUGACAUAAAAGACGCCCAAAAGCCACCGAAGCACCAAUUCAUGAAGCAGCCUUUGUCAUCCUUCCCCAGAGAAGAUUAGGUCAUUUUUACGCAAUAACUGUAAUCAUGUUUCUUUUGUGUUGUCAAUACUUAUUGGAGCUGUUUUAAUUAGAGUUAAAGGAUUCCUACACUGGUUGCCAAUUAUCUUUUGAGACAACGGCAUUGGCUUCUUUUGAAAAAAAAAUAGACACCUAAUACCAACACAUUUUCAGAAAUAGUCCACUCGUGUGGAUUUGCAUAUUUCUGUGCAGAGCUUCUAAUUAAGUACAGAUUGUGUGACAUACAUAAACCAUGCGGUGUCUAAAUAUAAACUUAUUGGUGACUGCUUCCUCGCGACAUCCAUCAUCCGGUGAGGACGUUCUCAUUAAAGGUGUCCCUUAUUAACACGGCACCCUUUGAAAUGGAAUCAAACGGCAAACAAUACAUGUGGUUGUUUACUGGGGGUCGGAUCCUAAAGAAAAAUCAAACUCGCACAUAAUGUUAAAAUUAGGAGGAAAAAUUUGCAUGUUUUCAAAAUAAAUGUUGUUCAUGCUGAGGGACAUAUGUUUUCACCAAAAGUCGAUGUUACAUCUUGUUUGUAGUUUGGAAAGGAACUCGUCAUUCGCUCUUAUUCAUGUGUAUUUCCUGAGAGCCCUUUUUGAAUGGAAUGGUAGAGCUCACUUCAACAAUACUGAUUAAUAAAUAAUGCAUUAUUGAACCAUUCCUCAUGCACAUAAAAUAUUUAGAUUGAACGGCAGAAAAAUGCAACAUUGAUUCGGGUUUGGAUCCAUUGCUCGAUACCGUAUUCUGAAGCCUUUCAUGAAACGGGUCAAUCAUCAAGUUAUUGGACAAUCACUCCAAUGGGCAAUGGUUUUUAAUCAUUGCUUUUAUCCAAUAUCCAUGAAAUACCGCAAAAACGUAAAAAGGCAAAACGUUUGACAACACCAUGGCGAUCAAAGGAUUUCUUCAUUCUAAGGACAGUUGUUGCAUGUUUUCAUUUUCAUUUGCACCACUGAGGACGAAGGAAACAGUAGUAGUUAUAAGACCGUAUGGAUGUGCAUGGACGUGUGCUCCCAUGACAGAGUGAGCUCCUCUUUUGCAAGCGACACACACGGAUCUGACCUCCUGACCCCAGCCUAGCUGCUCGCCCACGUGGCGCCGCCGCCAGAACCGCACUUGCAUGACCUCUGCCCCCUGUUGUGUGCUUGUUAGGAUCGCUGAAUGUAGAAGGUUUUGAGCUCCAUAGGAUAUAGAAUUGUAUUGCUAUGGCGACAGAGGCCAUGGACCGUCCUCGUCCCGUUUCACAGGCUUUAUUGAUUGUUUCAUUUAGUCAGUUAAUCUCUUCCUUUUUUUUCUUCUUUUUUUAAAUUACAUAGGAAUGCCUACAAAUUGUGCACACAAUUCAGAAGACGAUGAAUGCUCUACAUUAUUAUUUGUACCUGUAUAUUUUGUGAAUAUGAUUACGUUUCGAUGUAGGCGCCUGUAUCUCACUGUACGACCCCCGCUUGAAGAUCACAUGCACCGCAUUCACAUUUGUUCUGGUUUGAAGGACAAGACUCCAAACUUUUCUUCGUUUCCCACGUUUUCUCCUUGUACACAUUCCUCUCCAUUAGUUGUCAUCAGGGAGGCUUGUUUUUGCAUUCGGUUCGUUUGUCCCCUGUGAAUAGAUGGACACCCCCCCCCCCACACACACACACACUUACUUUUCCCCCAUGAUUGUAUAAUACUAUGUUCAAUAAAGCCAGAUUAUGUUUAUAAAUAUUAAAAAUGAAAAUGAAUUAUGUGAACUUCAUAUGUGAAUGUCACUGUACGAAAUGUGAGUCCUUUAGCUCAAAGAGAAUCCCAGAAAUGAUGCAACAUGACAUGAGAAACCUGUUUUUAAUCACAUUGAUGUAAAUGAGUCACAAUGUCUUCUUCUCUGAAUGCAUUACACUAAGUUAAGUUCAUUACAUUUCAUGACACUGUAAGCCCACACACACAGAAACCAUCAUUUAUCAAGAUACAAACAUACAUGCAUGAAGUACAUAUUCCAAAUGAUAAAACAAGUCAACCAA